CUCUGCUGUCUUUUCGCCGUUGACAAAAAGCGCUUCGUGUGGGACUGCAAUGUGACUGUUUUUGUUUGCUGGCAGGCAUCACGACUACAUCGCUGACAUAUUUUUAUCUUCUUUGCCAUAUUUCAAUUGUUUAUGAGUUCUUUCUCAUGGUAACAAUGGGAUACAGCGGAUAUGCACUGCUCAGCGGCCUUGCUUUUAUUUUUCUUGUCCUCCACCCCGUCUGUGGAGACGUGAGCUACUCUGUCCCGGAGGAGAUGAAACGUGGAUCUGUGAUUGGAAAUAUCGCUAAGGAUCUGGGACUUGAUGUGGGCAGACUGUCUGCUCGCAAGGCCCGUAUCGAUACUGAGGAUAACAGUGUAAAAUACUGCGGUGUAAAUCUCAACACUGGAGACCUGAUCGUACAGGAAAGGAUUGACAGAGAGGGGCUUUGUGCGAAAAAGGCAUCGUGUGUUGUAAAACAGGAACUCGUAUUGGAAAACCCAUUAGAGCUGCACCGUAUUAGUAUCCGCGUUCAAGAUAUUAACGACAAUUCACCUCAGUUUAAAGAGGAGACGCUGAAAAUUGAAAUUCAGGAAUCGGCGGACAAGGGUGCCAAUUUUCUGUUGGAUGAGGCACACGAUGGAGACAUCGGAGAAAAUGCUGUUCAGGGCUACUCACUACAGCAGAAUGAUCAUUUCAAAUUAAAUGUAAAGACAAAGGGCGGUGGACGAAAAUAUGGUGAAUUAGUCUUAGAUAAAGAAUUAGACAGAGAGGACAAAAAAGAGAUUAUGUUGUUGCUUACCGCAUUUGAUGGUGGCUCUCCUCAGAGAUCAGGUACUGUAGUCAUACACGUCACUGUGCUGGAUGCUAAUGAUAAUGUACCAGUGUUCAGCCAGGCCGUUUAUAAAGCCAGUCUGCCUGAAAACUCUCCUGUAGAUACUGUUGUACUUGCAGUGAGUGCUACUGAUGCAGAUGAGGGAAUGUAUGGUGACGUUACCUACGGUUUUGACCAUGUUUCAGAUGAAAACCAAGUUUUCUCUCUGAACCCCAAAACGGGUGAAAUUAAAGUGUCUGGAUCUAUUGAUUAUGAAAAAGAAUCGUCAUAUGAAAUGCAGAUUAGUGCAAAGGAUGGUCUUGGAUUGGCGUCAUAUGCAACAGUAAUAAUUGAUAUUACGGAUAUAAAUGACAACGCCCCAGUUAUAUAUCUGAAAUCACUGACUAACCCCAUACCUGAGAAUGUGUCACCUGGUACAGAGGUGGGCAUCAUUAACGUGCAGGAUAGAGACUCUGAGAAUAACAGACAGGUCCGCUGCUCCAUUCAGCAAAACGUCCCUUUUAAGUUGGUUCCUUCUAUCAAAAACUAUUAUUCUCUGGUGACCACAGGACAACUGGACCGUGAAGUAGUGUCUGAUUACAACAUUACAAUCACUGCCAGUGACGAGGGCUCUCCACCUCUGUCCUCCUCUAAAAGUGUUGAGUUAUCUGUAGCAGACAUCAACGACAACCCACCUGUGUUUGAGGAACAGUCGUACAGCGCAUAUGUGAGUGAAAAUAACAAACCUGGCUCCACUUUAUGUUCCGUUAGUGCUCGAGACCCCGACUGGAGACAAAACGGUACAGUGAUUUAUUCUCUGUUACCCGGUGAGGUGAACGGUGCCCCGGUGUCGUCCUAUGUGUCUGUUAACGGAGACACGGGGGUGAUCCACGCUGUGAGGUCGUUUGAUUAUGAACAUGUUCCUGAGUGA